AGACGGUAAAUAAAAUAAGGCGGGCUAUUCACGUUUUUCAUAAUCGAUCAUCAUCGAACGCAGCUAAAUCGAGCGUACUGCGUGUAUCCGAACGGCGCAGCUGUCAGGUUGGCAACAUUGAAAAAAGAAAAACGUACUUGACUAACUUCAUUUCGAAGCGUGUGCGGCUUAUGUUUACGAUUUUAUUUCGUGUUCGAUUUUGUAUAAUUUAUAAUUUGGCAAAGAAAAGCAUAAUUGGUUGUAAAAAAUAUAUAAUAAGAUACCUUUUACAUAUAGUACAUGUAAGUAUAGUUAAGGUUCUUAUCGUUUUGUUACAAAAGGUUUUUUUUACCAAAGCAGUACCUAUUCAGGCACGUAAUUUUAUUUAGUUUCUCUUGGUGUAUCUUUCUAGAUUUUCAAAAUGAGUGAAGAUAAGGCAAAGUUAAAAGCUCUCGUCGCCGAGCGGGGAUAUAUCAAGGGGACUUUGUCACGGCUAAACAACUUUUGCCACGAUGCUGAUGCAAUGGCGGCUACCUCGCGUGAGGCCUUACGUGAAAAACGUCUUCGCAUGUCGGAGGCUUUUCAAGAAUAUAUGCAGUUAAACAAGGCGAUUUUAGUGCUGGCCGACGAGGACGCUGAAAAUUACGGCGAAUAUGAGGACAAAUAUUACGAGUCUGUUGGGCUGCUGGAUAAAGCCUGCUCGGGUCCACAAACCGAGGCCAAACCGAAUGGCGGUGAGAAUUCUAACCCAGAGAAGCGUGCAUUGGCACUGGAAAACACCUCUGAGGAGAAGCAGCCAUCAUUUACUGCUAAGUCUACGCGAGCUCCUAAAGUCAGUGGGGUAGCGGCAGCAGAGAAGCCUCAGCCAGCAUGUCUUGCAGCGUGAAUCGCUGCCCCUCACGCCGUCUGGGCCGUUUUUAAUUAACACCUGCUUUGGAUACGUUGUCGCCGGGACUCUACCAGUUUCAUCUGGCAAGAUUUAUUCUUCUAAUCACUGUAUUA